UACUAUUUACGAAUCGAUGGCACUGCCACCCACCGAAUCGAAAGCAGGGGGAGCCUCUGCUGAAUCUUCCAAAAAGGAAGACGCUCUCGUCGGCCAUGGCUCUCACCACAAAAACAGAAGCAGUAGUACUAGUACUUGUUACUACGAAGGGGAACGUCUUACUCGUCUCCUCCAAUCCAUUCAAAGAAAGAUAGAGUUGGUCAGAGCUGUGGAUAAUAAUGCUUCUUUACCUGAGAAGAUAUGGUUCAAGCAACGAUUCUCAAUUGGGGUCAAUGAAGUGACUCGUAUCCUGGAACGCAUGGCUGCGCCUACUUCUCAUCACACCACCACCACAAACACAAAGAUUCAGCUUCAGGCCGUGCUUGUUGCUUCUGAUACCAACCCCAGAUGGCUUACAAAGCAUCUGCCCAGCUUGGCCUUGUCAAGGAAGGUACCACUGCUCUUUCUCAAAGACAGCAAACAGGCGUCCUUGAGAUUAGGUCACCUUGUCCAUCUUAAGACUGCUAUUGCCAUUGGAGUUAAGGACAAACAGAAUUCCAUCAACCAACUCUUUGCGGAAAUUCUUGCCAGUGAUUUCACAAACGCUGACAUCCAAUAAGCUGACAAGAACACAACACCAAUGUCAUAUUCAUACCUGGAGAUUUUUUGUCAUAUAAUUCUGAAGAUUGUUGCCAAGAACAAAAAAGGAAGCAACUUUACAUAUAAUUCUGUAGAUUGUUGCCAAAGUAUGUAACCUUUUGUCUCCAAUCUAUUAAUUUUGUUCUGCUCUGUUAUAGACAAAUUUGCCUGGUUUACAGAAGUUGCAAGAAAACAUGAUGAAUAUCAUUUUGUCCC